UUCAAAAAAAAUUAUUCAGAAUUUAUGUAAUAAACAUGCCUCUAAGCACGUAAAUAUUCUACUCUCUUAUUAUUUAAUUAUCAAUAUACUGACCAAAGACGACCUCAACUGCUUCACCAUUAUUCCAAUGAUCUGUCAUCUCUUGUCUUCACAUGGUUUUAAUAACCUUCUUCUCUUAUUUCUCCAUCCUCCAAUAUCCUACUGAUAAUCCAUUUCUCUUUCUUGGCUUAACCCAUCAUGACUGUUAAGAAAGUUGAGAUCAAGGUGGAUAUAAACUGUGGUAAAUGCAAUAGCGCAAUUUUGGAAGCAGUCACGGAGAUAGAAGGUGUGAAUCAUAUUUCACUAGAUGAGGGGAAGAGCGUACUCACCGUGGUGGGGACAAUGGAUCCGGUCUGCGUUGCAUCACGUCUUAGGAAGAUUAAACAGAAACCUGUAAUCAUCAGCGUCGGACCACCACCUAAACCUCCUGAACCGCCAAAGCCUCCAGUAGUGCCUGAGCCACCAAAGCCUCCUCCACCAGCACCUGAACCACCAAAGCAUGUAUGCAAAUGCAAGCCUAUGUCUCCUUACCCACCUCCUUACUGCGCCAGAUGCGAUCUUGUGUCUGUUACUACCUAUGAAAGUGGAAGCGGCUGCACCAUUGUUUGAGUCGUGUAUUUCUUGCAUUAGUCACCGCUACUUUUACCAUAUAUAUAAUAUAGUCUUCAUGUCAAGUCCUGUAAUCUAUAUGUUAACCAGGACUACUUUCUUAUAUUAGUAUGCUUUGUUUAAAUCAUAUAUGUAUGUUGUUGUUGUUUCUCCCUCAUCUGUUCCUAACUAGUAGCUCCUUUCAUGUCUCAUAAACACUAAAUCAAUAUGAAUUUUUCAUAAGCA